AUGGAAGAUCUGCUGAAUAGAAUAAUAGAGGCCAAGAAGGAGGCCUUGGAUGGCAUUACUCGUGUAAAGGAGAUACCCCGCAUUCUCCGUGAUAACGCGCUCAGGAUUGCCGCUCUACGGAAGGAGCUCACCUUCAUCCAUGCUCAAAUUGCCGUUGCCCAGGAAUCUCCUGUUGAGCGUGAAAAGAAUAUCUGUCUUGCUCUAGAAAAGAUGCUGGCUUAUCGCAAGAGCCAACGUGCAAUCUUGCAAAAUCUCUGCAAGGCUCUGGGGAUCUCCAUUGACGAUUUUCAGCCCGAGAAGAUCCACCUUUCUCAGCUCGUGGCUAUCCUCAACGAUGCAAGCAUGAACCCAGACAUAAACCUUGACGACAGCUUUACCCUGUAG